AGAUGAAGCUUGCGUUUCAGGAGAGGAAACAUUGGGGACCUGAAGAAUUAAAGGAGACGGGCAAACGCUUCUCUCCCCCCUUUUAGAUAUCAUCUUAGACACAACCCAUGCUCACCCACCCUUAUUUGAUGGGGAUAGGUAGCGGCUAAGAAUUAUUUAUACAACAGACCACAAUAUAUGUAAAGGGGGAGGGGGGGAUUGGGGAAGCCAAGCGUCGUCGGGUCAAAAUGUCGAUACAGUAUGAAGAACCACUAGCAGAUAGCUAUGGAGUAGCGGACUCGUUCCCAAAAGAUUUUGGUUAUGGAGAGGAAGAGGGCGAUAUCGAAGACAGUCCAUCACCGUCUGACAGUAAACCAAGGAUACUGCUGAUGGGACUGCGAAGGAGUGGCAAAUCUUCGAUCCAGAAGGUCGUGUUUCACAAGAUGUCUCCCAACGAGACCUUGUUCUUGGAGAGCACCAACAAGAUCUACAAGGAUGACAUCUCAAGUAGCUCUUUCGUCAAUUUUCAGAUCUGGGACUUUCCUGGACAGGUGGACUUCUUUGACCCCACCUUUGAUUAUGAGAUGAUCUUCAGAGGCACUGGGGCUCUGAUAUUUGUCAUUGAUGCUCAGGACGACUAUGUGGAGGCCCUGGGCCGACUUCACCUCACCGUGUCGCGGGCCUACAGGGUCAACCCCGAGAUCAACUUCGAGGUGUUCAUCCACAAAGUGGACGGUCUGUCCGACGAUCACAAGAUCGAGACGCAGAGGGACAUCAACCAGAGGGCCACUGAUGACCUGGCAGACGCCAGUCUGGAGAAGCUGCACCUCAGCUUCUACCUGACGAGUAUCUACGACCACUCUAUAUUUGAAGCCUUCAGUAAAGUAGUGCAGAAGCUGAUUCCUCAGCUUCCAACGCUGGAGAACCUUCUGAACAUCUUCAUAUCAAAUUCAGUGAUCGAGAAGGCUUUCUUGUUCGAUGUGGUUAGUAAGAUCUACAUCGCCACAGACAGCUCUCCGGUGGAUAUGCAGUCGUACGAGCUGUGCUGCGACAUGAUUGACGUGGUCAUUGACGUGUCCUGUAUCUAUGGUCUUAAAGAGGAUGGCAGUGGAAGUGCGUAUGACAAAGAGUCCAUGGCCAUCAUCAAGCUCAACAACACCACAGUGCUGUACCUGAAAGAGGUCACCAAGUUUCUGGCUCUCGUUUGCAUUCUCAGAGAGGAGAGCUUUGAGCGCAAAGGCCUCAUCGACUACAACUUCCACUGUUUCCGGAAGGCCAUCCAUGAGGUGUUUGAGGUGGGCAUGACAAACACGCGGACGGUAUCCACUCCGACGGGCACGCCAUGCCUGAUGAAAGGCGUCGCCCUCAACGGCACCCCGCGCAGCACGGUGUAGACGGGCGCGGCUCCAACACGCCAGGCAAGGGAGAGGAAGAGAGGAAUCGCACAAGGACACGAGAGAGACUGUAAGAAAGCAGAAGAGUACCGAAGGAGGCAAAGACGAGAGAGGGAAUAAGUGCUGGUGAACCGCGAGAGCGAGACGGCAGAGGGGCACAUCCUUAUGCCGUCCUCCAGUCACCCACCAUCACCACCACCAUCACCACCACCACCCUAAAAACAGCUCCUGACUAAAAACCUGCAAAGGGAUAGAGACAGAGACUCUACUGCCAUUAUCUAUGGCAACUUAAAAAAUAGAAAUAAAUCAAGAAAAUACAGAGGGGGGGAAACCCCCCCCCCCCCGACUGAUGCUGCAAAGGAGCUUCCCUAGAGCUCUAAGUGUUGCUAAGUUAGGAUGAGGAAGGGAACGUGAGACAGAAGAGAAGGUGGAGGCAUCUCUUUCGUUUGGUCAAGAGGCAUUAACACACUGUCUGGCAGGAGAGGGAGACUGGCCAUCAUAGCAGGAGAUGUGGGUAGGGGAGAAGAGGAUGAGAAUGAUAAAAAAAUAGUUAGAUAAAUAAAUGAAAGCACACAAAAUCUUCCCCUACAAGGACUAGCUUCUCUCUCUCGCCAUCUUGUGGACAUGGGAAGACAAAGCCUCUUGAAUCUGCUGUAUGGUUGUUUUUUGUUUGUUUGUUUGUUUGUUUGUUUUUCUGCUGCUGGUCCAUCGAUGUGAGGGAGGGAAAUGGCGAAGCUAUGUGAAUAGGUGACAGGGAUGAGUUCUGCCACUCUUUUGCAGGCUGGUCGAGUCUACACCUCCAGAUAGUAAACCUACACUUGAGAAGCCUUACGUAGAUGGAGCUUGCAAGCUGGCUUGCUUGCUGCAAGUUUGUUACUCACCUCACUUAGUGCACCCCACAUUCUUCCUGUGAUUCUUUUUUUUUUUUUUCCUAUUGAUCUUUUCCUUUCAGUUAUUUUUAGAGAUCGUCCAGAGUAAAAAGGGAUCAUGUUUAGUGUGAAAGUGUGUGUGAUAUAGAUGUGUAUCGUCUGUACCUGCGAUAUCAGGGUGUGGAUGUGAAUGAGGUGGUUGAUUUAAUUGUGAAUAUAGAGACUGAUUGAGCAUGCUGAAUUCAGAGACAUAUAGGGUAGGAUGAAGGCCCAAAGCUGAUCUGACAUCUGUGCUUUCAGGGUCCCUGGCUUUGAUUGCUUCCACGGUAGAACUGUGCUACCUUAACGCCUAUGGCAAAAACUGCUUAGUAAGUCUGUAGAAGUUCUCGUGUUAUGGACGGAGGCCUAGGCCCAAUGGCCAUCCAUGGAUGCUGACAUGCAUUCCAAAAUGUGCUGGUCUUGCUGCAGAUGCCAGUGCCAUAGCUAUGAUUGGUAGCCAAGUUAUCCUUGGAGAAGAUGUCCCCAAACUUGUACAGCAUCUUUGGUGCAAAUGACGGCAUCACUGUGACGUAGAUUACUUUUUUUCGAGAAUGUAUGGGGAACUUUUGAGCAACACAAAUCGUACUGAUCAGCUAUUUGCACCCCCCAAAGCGUGCAGGUGAACCCAGAGAUUAUGAAUGUCUUGUCUGUUCCGUGACGUUUAUGCCAACUUUGCGCUUUUGCUUCCCGGAAGUCAGAGCAGGGUGACUAGUCGUAAAUGAAGUUGUACGUAAAAGUUUAAAGACGUGAUUGACCUCUAUGUUUCCCCUCUCUCACUAUGAUGUAAUUCACUGACGUGUCUGGUAGAAUAGGAAGAUAUGCUGUUUGGUCAGACACGUCACCUACUGCCUGGCAGAAUCCCCACGGCCCAUCCUUACUGAGCAUGUCUGCAUCGAUUGGAAUCAUGAAAAGAUAUUGAAUACACGCACACAUUUCUUGAGGUGGUCUAGUAAUCUGUAUGCCAUCCACUGUUUAGAAAAGGGAUCAGCACUAACAAGUUGUAAGAAAUCCUGGAAAAGAAAAGUGACCAAAAUCACUCAUAGUGGGGUCACGUUCGCUAGUGAUUCUUGCUUUCUCUCACUUCUUAUGUCUUUGUCCUAAGUUCUGCCCAAGGUGUAAAUGGUCACAUGACAAUAAACAUGUAAACAAUAAACACCUUAAGAUAGUGCCUUUCGCUUUCCAGGCAGCGCUUUUUAAACCCUAAUCUUUACCGGUCAUGUAGGCUACUCGUCACAUUUAAUACACAUUUUAUUAAAAACCGCAUGGAUUUUUUUUCAAAUUUCCUCCCGAGGGGCCAUCUAUGGAUUUGGAGUUUAAUAUUUUCACUCAUUGCACAUGGACUUUCAGGCAACCCCCCCAAGCCUUCUGCAGAGUUUGUCACUGUCGUCAUGCAAUGCAACCAAUAAAUUAUCAACAAAA